AGCGCGGCAUGAAUAACACCCCCGUGUACCGCCUGCGGCUCGAUGAUACACUGAAUCCCGUGGGCAUUUCGUCGGAAAGCAGCCUGGUCCUCUGUUUUCGUUGCGCCAGUUGCGAGUAAAGAAAUGUGCCUGCAUAGCGCUCGCUGGUUUGUUGUGUGCCUGCUGUUGCGCACUUGGCCGAUCAGCGGUCAAAGCCAGCGCGAUACCCCGGUCGCCGCGGUCCUGGAGGUCCGAGUAAUCAGUGUGCAGUUAUUGGACCCUAGCGUGUCGUUAGGGCUGGCGUGGACAGGCGCGGCUAUGCAUCUUGCCGUGCAGCGUGCCAACGAGCAAUACGAUGAACGGGGACUGCGGUUCGUGGUGCGGCCUGUGGAUGAUAUGUACAACCAGUCCUGCCCGACGGUUGGCUCCACCGGAAUCCAGCUACUCACUGGUUACUAUUACCAGCACAAUCUGGGCCAACAUACGCCGGGCAUCUGCAACAUCUUCUUCACCAACACGUGUGUGGACUACUUGCAGCUGCUGUAUUUGUCCAGUGAAUGGAAUGCCUUCUUUUUGCAUAAUGGCAUGGUACCGCAACUCUCGCUUCCCCGUUUAUCGACGCCCGCGAAUCUGCUCAACCUGGCGGGAAGCGAAGUGGGCCUGGCGCGAACUUUGUGGAGCGUCUUGAACUUUUUUGGCUGGUCGCAUGUGACCUUCUUCCUGGAUUCUCGCGCCCCCACCAUCCUGUACUCCGCCGUCUGCAACGCCGCCAAGGUUUUGGCGCUCCAGGAUGGCCGCGCCAAUACCAGCACCAUCGCUACCUAUCCUUUCCAGGGCAAUGACAACGCCUCUGUUAUUGAUAGUUUGUUGCGUGCGAAGCAGAAUAGCCGUGUCUUCAUCCUAGGAGCCUCGGCAUUCGUCGCCUACAAGAUAAUGGACCUUGCCAGUCAGCUCGGAAUGACCAACGGAGAAUACGUGUUCAUCAGUGUACAGACUGUCCAGAACAUUUACUAUGGAAAGGUUUCGCUGUUCAACAAUCCGACGCCUUUGAUGUUGAACCUGACGUGGAACUUCAUCUACGUCAUCCUCCAUGAAUCCGACAACUCCGAUUACGAGCAACACCUGAACGGCGAACUGCGUCAUAUGGCCUAUGAUCUGUACAAUACGACCUAUGAGCCAGGAAUACAGCCACUGAACAAUUACGCAACGCGCAGCGCCUACAGGUCCUUCGAGCUGCUCAGCAGCGUCCUGGCCGACAAUCUGGACGGAUACCGCAACCUUACAGCGGCACAGCGAGCAGCCUUCUGCGCCGGCGACCACCUGACUUCGCUCUUCCUCAACCGUACCUUUAAGCUGCCACACGCCGACGUCCGGGUCGACGGCAACGGAAUGUCCAGCAUGGACGUGGAUAUCUGGAUGUUCAAUUCGCAGACAAGAAAUAUGACCAUGUUCGCCGUGUAUCGUUCCGUCAGCGGCGCCUUCGAGCUGAGAAACACUUCGGUGCUGGACUGGCCGACCGGCAGUCUACCGUUGGAUGUCCCACUUUGCGGCUUCAGUGGAAGAGAAGGACCCUGCGCGUCAGCCGGAUCGGUUUUGAAUAUCGCUCUUCCCGUCGCCAUUGGCAUCAUGGUAGCGCUCUUGACCGCAUCCUGCGCAGUUCUAUUUGGUGUAAGGAAACGAGCGCGGCGUAAUGCCUAUUGGUGGUUGAUCAGCGGAGACGAACUGGACGUCAGCCUGGUUAUGGGCGGCGCUGAAGUUACUAAUCCAGUGUCAUGGAGGAGAAGGACAGUCUGGCUGACGGCGUUGGAGAUCCAAGGACGGCCCAAUCUGCAGCUGCUGGCACAGCUCGUUCCCGAUGCAAGGCAUCCUAAUGUCAAUGAUCUCCUGGGAAUUGCUAUUCUGCCGCAUCGAGCCUUCCUUCUGGCGGAAUAUUGCAAGCGCGGCUCCCUUAUGGCCUUGCUGGAAGUGACAAAACUGGACCAGGAGUUCCAGUUGGCGAUGGCACGCGAUCUGGCAAAGGGUCUGGCUUACCUGCACGGCACUAUCGGGCGGCCGCAUGGUCGCCUCAGCUCGGACUGCUGUCUCAUCGACGACCGCUUCACACUGCGCAUCGGCCAGUUCGGCUUCGCCGCCAUUGCUCACGCUCUCUUACCGAUCAAAGACGUCGACGGCAUUGACUUGACUUUCCCGGCGGACAUCUACGCCGUUGGCCAGAUCCUCUUGUUGAUCAUCCACCAAUCCACGAGCAAGAUACCGUCCACAUUGGCGGUAGCGUUGGAAGCGGACGAAGGCGACAGUGACGCGGUGAAUUACGAUAUCCAGCGGAGCCUGACACUUUUAGCCAGCCGAUGUCAUCAUCCUAAUCCAGCGCUGCGCCCCACCGCCAAGCAGGUGCUGACCACCAUCGGACGGUUACUCGUGCCAGGGCAGCCGACAUCCCGCAAUCUCGUCGAAAGCAUCCUUCGCCGCUUCGAAGCGUACACGCUGACGUUGAACGAAGCGGUGCGGUUGAAGACCGAAGAGCUGCAGAGUGAGCGGAAGAAAUGUGACAAUUUGCUGAGGGAACUGCUCCCCAGAUCGGUGGUCGAUCAGCUGCGCAACCGCGAAACGAUGGUAGCGGAGUAUUACUCCUGUGUUAGCAUUUUCUUUUCCGACCUUGACGGCUUCGUCAGCUGGGUUAGCUGCGCUCCACCCGAGACGGUCAUCGACACGGUGACAUCAGUAUGUAGCGCCUUUGACGGUGCCAUCCAGGAUAUGGAUGUGUACAAGGUGGAGACUGUGCGUGACAGCUACAUGACAGUCAGCGGCAUUCCGGAACGGGGAGACAACCAGCACGCCGUGGAGAUCUGUCGGAUGGCUAUUAAGCUGAUGAAAGUGUUCGAAAGUACUAGACCGACUAUCAAUAGGCAAGCAGCGUUGCAGGAUGAGGACCCAUCGGAGUCGGUUACGCUGCGAUUGCGGUGCGGCAUCCACUCAGGUUCUUGUGCUGCCGGGGUGGUUGGCAUGCGCGUUCCUCGCUACUGCUUGUUUGGUGACACAGUGAACGUCGCGGCCCGUAUGAACAGCCACGGCCAAGGCGGGCGCAUUCAUCUCAGCCAGGCCAGCCGCGAUCUCCUCGCUACCAGCGACGCCCGCCGCCGCUUCACUGUGAAAGAGCGGGGACUGCUGUCCAUUAAGGGCAAAGGGGACAUGUGCACCUUCUGGCUCCUCCUCUAAGCGCCGCUAACAUACCCGCUACUCCGUACUCUACAGGAACUGAAUGGACAGCGAACGAUUACCAUAACUUUGCGUCUGGCAUACAUAGUCUGCAGAAGCAGGCGUACCGAUUUAUUAUCAG